GCGGCUGCCCCUCAAUGGCCUCGGCUCCCUGGUUUGGUUGUGACUAGGAAGGAGCUGGCUGAUUAGGGCCAGGGUAAGGGGGAUUGCUAGAAAUAGGUUUUCGGCAGGGACUAAGGUUGUCCCACAGUGACAGCAUCCCUGGCCUCCGGUCUGUUUUCUUUCACUCCAAGUCCUGUUCAACUUUGUGAUCUUGAACAGUGAUUGAAUUGAUGGAAGAUUGGUGAAGGAUCGGAAAAAAUCCUCCCUUCUUUUACAUAAUAAAGGAGAAAUUAACCCAAAUUCCAUAUUCUGGCUUUAACUAUAAAAUGCAGAGGAAGAGGAUAAUAUUUUAACAAUCAGAAGCAAGAAAAAUAACUCUGCCUGGAGAAUUCAGCUAUGUCUUUAAGGAGGACCAUGUCAUUAGACUUUGGCAGUGUAGCACUGCAGACACAAAAUGAAGAGGAUGAAUAUGACAAAGAAGACUAUGAAAGGGAGAAAGAGUUGCAGCAGCUGCUCACAGACCUUCCCCACGAUAUGCUGGACGAUGACCUGUCCUCGCCCGAGGUCCACUCUUUGGACUGCAGUGAGGAUGGCAGUGACGGAGAACCACAUUGUUCUGAGCAAUCGGAGGUGAACUGGAAUGAGCAUCAAGUGCUGCCUAAAUCUCAAACUGUAAAUGACUAUCAUAAGAUUCGGGACAUAUAUGUUGGAGAGAAAAGUGGCAAUGAUUGGGAAGACAAUCAAAGUAAAAAUGAAGACCAGCAUCCUGGGUGCCGUCCUGAAGAAGGCGGAGAUGAAGGUGGAAGUGGUUAUAGUCCUCCAAGCAAAUAUGAACAGACAGAUUUAUAUCACCUUCCUGAAAACUUUAGGCCAUACAGCAAUGGUCAGAAGCAGGACUUUAAUAGCCAACCAACCAAUGUAAUUAAAUUUUCAGAUCCUCAUAGGAAUCAUUUUCAGCAAUUUGGCACAUCACAAAGUCCCAGUUGUCAAGCUUUGGAACCAUAUAAAGUGACAUAUAAACCUUACCAGUCUUCUGCUCAGAAUAAUGUCUUACCAGCCCAGGAGGUAGUGGGAAGUGACACUUUUGAAGGCCUGCAACAACAAUUUUUAGGAGCUAAUGAAACAGAUUCUGCUGAAAAUAUGCAGAUUAUUCAACUUCAGGUUCUUAACAAAGCAAAAGAGAGACAACUAGAUAAUUUAGUGGAAAAGUUAAAAGAAAGUGAACGUCAAAUCAGAUAUCUGAAUCACCAGCUUCUGAUGACCAAAGAUGAAAAGGAUGGUUUGACCCUCAGCCUCCGGGAAUCACAGAAACUCUUCCAGAAUGGAAAAGAGAGAGAGAUGCAGCUUGAAGCACAAAUAAAAGUACUAGAGACCCAAAUACAAGCAUUAAAAGUCAAUGAAGAACAGAUGAUUAAGAAGUCCAGAACAACUGAGAUGGCUCUGGAAAGCCUGAAGCAGCAGCUGCUGGACCUUCAUCAUUCUGAAUCAUUUCAACGCGCUAGAGAGCAACAUGAGAGCAUUGUUCUGGGCCUCACAAAGAAGUACGAAGAGCAAGUGCUGUCCUUACAAAAGAAAUUGGAUGCUACAGUCACUGCACUUAAGGAACAGGAAGACAUUUGCUGUCAUUUGAGAGAUCAGGUUAAACAACUGGAAAGGAAUCAAGAAGCAACCAAAUUAGAAAAGACCGAGAUCAUUAACAGAUUGACAAGAAGUCUAGAGGAGAGUCAAAAUCAGUGUGCCAACCUGUUGCACUCAGGCUCAGUACAGGAGGUGGCUCAGCUACGGCUCCAGCUGCAGCAGGCACAGAAGGCACACACUAUGAGUGAAAGCAUGAACCAGGCUUUGCAAGAAGAAUUAACAGAACUAAAAGAUGAAAUUUCUCUCUAUGAAUCUGCUGCAAAAUUGGGAAUACUUCCAAGUGACUCAGAAGGAGAAUUAAAUAUAGAACUCACUGAAUCAUAUGUGGAUUUGGGUAUUAAAAAAAUCAACAGGAAAAACUCCAAAGUAAAGAGCAUUGUGCAGAACGAAGACCCAGACGAGGAGCUUUCCAAAGAUGAGGUCAUUCUGAAGCUGCAAGCGGAAGUGCAGCGUUUGCUGGGUAGCAACUCACUGAAGCGUCACCUGGUGUGUCAGCUACAAAAUGACCUCAAAGGCUGUCGUAAGGAAAUUGAAGAUCUCCAACAUGUGGAAAAGAAUGAAAGAAACAUCAAGGUUGAGACCAAAACAGAUAUUUCAGAAAAACCAACUAAUCAGUUAUGGCCUGACUCUUCUACUUCUGAUAUGACUGUCAAAGAUGAUAUUCUACGACUUGAAAAUGAAAUUCAAGUUUUGCGACAACAAAAUCAGGAACUUAAAGAAACUGAAGAAAAACUGAGACAUGCCAAUCAAGGUUUAUGUAACCAAAUGAGACAAAUGGUACAAGAUUUUGACCAUGAUAAACAAGAAGCUGUGGAUAGGUGUGAGAGGACUUACCAGCAGCACCAUGAAGCCAUGAAAGCCCAAAUACGUGAAAGCCUGUUAGCAAAGCAUGCUUUGGAGAAGCAGCAGCUCUUUGAGGUGUAUGAGGGGACUCGCCUGCAGCUUAGGUCUGACUUAGAUAAGAUGAAUAAAGAGAUGGCUGCUGUGCAAGAAUGUUACCUGGAAGUGUGCAGAGAGAAGGACAAUCUAGAACUGACUCUCAGGAGGACCAUUGAAAAGGAGCAGCAGGCUCAGGAGAAGAAGAUCAAGCAAGAACUUACUCAACAACUUGAAAAGGAGUGGCAGUCUAAGCUGGAUCAAACUAUAAAGGCAAUGAAAAAGAAGACCUCAGACUGUUGCAGCCAAACUGACAGAGGAGCCACCACCGAUGUCAUUUCCGAGAAGGAGAAGGCAGUCAUGUUGGGAGAGCAGAGGCGGAAGGUCCAGGAAGGUCUAGAGCAGGAGAAGGAGCCAGCCAGCAAGGGGAGCUCGAAGGGACUUGAGGUCGGAUUGGAACUCAAAUAUUGUGAAAAUAUUGCCAAACAGGUAGAAACAGCUGUGCAAAAUGCUCGUCAUCGAUGGCUGGAAGAACUGCCUGAGCUUGCGGAGUAUAAAGCCUGUGUAAGAGCCGAACAGAAGAAGUGGGAAGAACAACAAGAGGUCUCUGUGGCCAAACGGGUAUCCUUUGCUGUUUCUGAAGCUAAAGCAAAAUGGAAAAGCGAACUUGAAAAUGAGAAGAAUGUGAUACCUGGAAGGGAACUGGAAGAGACGAUUCAUUCACUUCAGAGAGAGCUUGAGUUAAAGAGCGAGGAAGUCCCUGUGAUUGUCAGGGCUGAGUUGGCGAAGGCCCGCAGUGAAUGGACCAAAGCAAAGCAAGAAGAAAUCCACAGAAUUCAAGAACAAAAUGACCAAGAUUACCGGCAAUUUUUAGAUGAUCAUCGAAAUAAAAUUAAUGAGGUGCUUGCAGCAGCUAAAGAAGACUUUGUGAAACAAAAAACUGAACUGCUUCUUGAGAAGGAGACAGAAUUGCGAACAUGUCUAGACCAGAGUCAUCGAGAAUGGGCUAUGCAGGAAGCCAGGCGGAUCCAACUGGAAAUCUGUCAGUAUGAGGAAGACAUCCUGACUGUGCUGGAAUUCCUCCUAAAGGAUGCCCCAAAGGAGCAUGUCAGUGAUUCAGAGAACAAGGAAUUUUUGGAACUUGUGUCAACUUGCUCUUCAAAAUGGGUGUCCAUGCAGUAUUUUGAAAAACUGAAGGUCUGCAUACAGAAAGCAUUUCAAGAUAUACUUUCCCCAUUUAUAGAAAAUGCCAACUUAGAAUGGGAAAAGCGAAAUAUGGCCAUGAUUUCUAAGGAUCCUGCCACAGAGGUCACUGGCAGAGCAGACCCUGGAGUCCUGGCGGUGCUUCCUGUACCCGCUUCUGGAAACCACACUCAGCUCUUGGCUUUGCAAGAAACAGAAGCAGAAGCAGAUAAGAAAAAGAUCCUUGAAAUUAAAGAUUCAUGCUGUGGACACUGCUUCCAAGAACUUGAAAGGGCCAAGCAGGAAUGUCAAGAUCUGAAAAAGAAACUGGAGAAAUGCUGUAGGCAUUUGCAGCAUUUAGAAAGGAAGCACAAAGCUGCAGUGGAAAAAAUCGGAGAAGAAAAUAGUAAAGUUGUUGAAGAGUUAAUAGAAGAAAACAAUGACAUGAAGAAUAAAUUGGAAGAACUGCAAACACUUUGUAAAACACCAUCAAGGUCACUGUCAGAAGGGGCCAUUGAAAAUGCUUGCCUGCCGUGCAGUAGGGGUGUCUUGGAAGAACUUCGUGGGCAGUACAUUAAGGCUGUAAAAAAAAUAAAGUGUGAUAUGCUUCGUUACAUCCAGGAGAGCAAGGCAAGAGCUGCAGAAAUGGUAAAAGCAGAGGUACUGCGAGAACGUCAAGAGACCGCCCGAAGGAUGCGCAAAUAUUAUUUGAUUUGCCUUCAACAGAUUUUGCAAGAUAAUGGAAAGCAGGAAGGGGCUGAAAAAAAGAUUAUGAAUGCUGCUAGCAAACUGGCUACAAUGGCAAAACUGCUGGAAACACCUAUUUCUAAUAGAUCCCAGAGCAAAACUAUGGAGUCAGUACUGCCUCUAACUUCAGAGAUGCUGAUUGGAGUUGAAAAAUCAAAAAGAAAUAAUGUGAAUCAGAACAUACCACAUCACAUUGAAAGUGAAUCAAACAGUAUAAAAAGUAUCCCCAGAAGUAUGUGCGAUCAAGCUCCUAAGAGAAGGGCUGCUUGUAACUUAGGAAGGCGGUUAGAAAAUGCAGAGCUCAGAGACGUAAAACACAUGGCUUCCAAAGGAUCACAUUCAGACUUCCAGUUCAGGGGUAGCAGUUACAUUUUGCCAGGCAGUGUGGCUCCUGAGUUUGUUCCUUGUGAAGGUGAAAGAAGCUUUGGUUUGCACAGGAAGAAAGACCUCCUCAGUGACACUGGCUCUGAAUCACCUCAACAUUCAACUGCAUACCCCUUUCUUGGGUCCCUCGGAAGUAAACCCUCACCCAGAUAUACCCCUAGUCCUUCUGAAUCUGGAUCCAUACAUAUAACCUUUGGAGGUAAUAAUGAAAGACUUGGUUUAAAAGUAUAUAAGUGUAAUCCGCUAAUGGAAAGUGAAAAUGCUGCAUCUGAGAAGAGCCUAAGUUUGGGUGUGCAGGACACUCCGGUGAAGGACGCAGUGGGCCUCAGUGAUUCAAUAGACUGGCGUUCCAGCAGUGCCACUUUACCCUGCAACAGUCAGGACGUGUCAUUUUUACAAGGUAGGCCACAGGAAAAUCUGGAUACAGUAGCUGAAUCUGUUAGUUUCAAACAGUUUUCAGGAGCCAGUUGUCUUUCAGAUAGGGAGAAAAACAAUAUGCUUUGUCAACCAGUGAAAUGUCAGAGUGGUCAUGCACCAGAGCUGUCAGAGGAAACCAAGUAUCCACAGCCAGGGAAGAUCAGUAUGACUCUUGGACAUACACCUCAUCAGAAAACUGAUGUAUUAAAGUCAGAUUUCAAAAAAUUGAGCAAUACAGUACCAUCUUCAGUGUCUCAGCAGCCUUCAAAAAAAUUAAGUGCUCCUCUACCUAGCCAACAAGAUAGUGGCUUUGAUAGCCCAUUUGUCAAUUUAGAUUAAUUGUUGUACAGUAUUUAAGAAGAAUCAUUAAUAUAUUGACAAGAAAACUGGAAGGGAAGACUUCAUACCGAAAAAUUUGUAGUCUCUACCUAUUUUUAGAUGUUUCACUAACGUCUGUCAUAUGAGUAAAGUAUUCAUAUAAAACUACUUGAGAUAUUAAUAUUGCCUUAAUCUUCCAAAGGCCUGAUGGUGUGUAUUUAAUCUACUUGUGUGUGGUGCUUAUAUUUUGUUGCUAAAUCAUCUAUUUUUAUAUUUAUAAAUUAGCUCUCUGUGCAGUGUUAUUUAAAUAAACUUGCAUGUGG